AUGGAGCGUUGCGUAUUUUGUGGGUGGACGAGGAAAAACGCGUACGCUUCCGUGCGAUUUUUCGGCGUACCGAAGGAGCCGGGGCUGAAACGAGUGCAGUGGCUGUACGCGAUUGGGAAUCGGGAAGCGAGCGGAAAGCACGACCGUGUGUGUUCGGUGCAUUUCCGUAGUGGGAAACCGAGCAGCGACCCCAGUCACGAGGACUUUGCCCCACAUCUCUAUCUCAACAAGGAGGCACCGCCCGAGUUCAUCCACUACCUGGAGAAGUUGGCCGAGGUCAGCGACCCGGCACAGCAGAAGAAGCCCGUCCAGUAUAAGGCGUCCGUCUCGGUGAACGACCCGAAGAAGCUCGAGUACAACAAGGUCACCCGGCCAAGCAUUUUGCAGAAGCGCAAAAUACAGCACGAAGAGCCCUCCUCCGCGGCGCCGCAGAUUGACGUCGACGAAAAUGGGGGAGAGGAAGAAGAUCAACAACCCGAAGCCGCUCUGCCCUACCACAUAGCCCCCGUGAAUAUUGAUGGCGAGGCGAGGCCGAUGCGACUGUAUCCCAUGCAAAAG